AUGGCUUUAGAAUAAGAAAAAGAAAGAUGCUAAUAGGCGUUUUCCUGGAGCUAUAAUUUAUAUAUGGAUACAUGUGAAAAUAUUUUAAUUUCCAAAAGUUGUAAAAGUUUGAUUAGUAAUUAAUAUAGUGGAUUAUCAAAUAUGAUUAAUUGUGAUAAGUUUUAAGAAAUAUAAGAUUUAUUUGAACUUUUAAGUAGAAGAAAAUAAGAUAAUAUUGAUAUUAUUGCAGAUUAAUUAAAAUAAUAUAUAAUUUAAAUAGGAUAUUAAAUAAAUACAAACGAAUCAUUAAUAAAAGAUCCUAAAGAAUAUAUAAAAGAAAUAAUAAAAUUCUAUAAAAAAAUUGAUUUAAUAGUACAGAAUUAUUUAAAUAGAGAAUAGGAAAUAUAAUUAGCACGUUCAAGAGGAUUUUAAGAUUUUUUAAAUAAAUUUGAAAAAGCAAUUUUUUAUUUAGCAAAGCAUUGUGAUUUUGAAUUAAGAAUAGGAAUGAAAGGUAAUUCUGAAUAGGAAAUAGAAGAAAAAAUGUAGGAUAUAAUCAAUAUAUUAUUAUGUUUUUAUUCUAGAGAUGGCUUUAUUUUACAUUAUUCGAGAUUUUUAUCAAAUAGAUUAUUAACAGGAAGCUCUUUAUCAGAUGAAAAUGAAAAAAGAUUAAUAACUUAAAUAAAAAAAGAGAUUGGAAAGUCUACUACCAAUAAACUUACCGAAAUGUGUACUGAUAUUUAAAUAUCGCAAACUAUAAUGGCCGAAAUUAAAAAAAAAAUGAGAGAUUUAGACAGCUCUAAAUGUAAUGAAAUUGAUUGGAAAAUUACUGUUUUAGCAAAUGCACAUUGGUAAAUUUAACCAGAAACAGAAGUUUAGAUCCCCUAAGAAUUAAAAUGGAUAUGUGAAAACUAUAUUAAGAUAUAUCUAGAUAAACAUAAAGGGAGAAAUAUUAAAUGGGCCUUUUCAUAAGGGUCGGCUGAAAUAUAUGGGAAAUUCGAUAAAAAAUAUACUCUAGACUAAGAUAUUGAAAUUGGUGAAUAUGAAAAUUUAAAAAUUAAUAAUAUUUUUGCACAUAAAUUAUUUAAAAUAAAAAUGCAUCCUACAUAAGAAUUAAGAAAAACUCUUAAAUAAGAUAAAGGAAAUUCAUAAUCAUUGGAUGAUUAAAUUGAUAUAGAACUUAAAAAAAUAAGAGAUAAUCAAUUAGACGCAUGUAUUGUUCGUAUUAUGAAAUCAAGAAAACAUUUAAAGUUAAAUGAAUUAAAUUAAGAAGUUGUUAAAUUAAUGUCGCAUAUAUUUAAACCUUAACCUUAAUAAAUAAAAUAAAGAAUUGAAUCAUUAAUAGAAAGGGAAUAUUUAACAAGAAGUGACGAAGAUAGAUAUGUCGAAUGA